UGGUCGAUAGUUACCAGCCAACUCUGAAAUUUUUAUUGCUGUUGUUCAAGUUGUCUUUCGUAAUUAUCGAGAAAUUUAUAUAUUUGUAGAGAAACGUUUCAAUAUUAAAAUAAAAACCUAAUCAUAAAUAAAAUUAAAUUGUUAUAUUCUAUUAGUAAUAUUCCACUGUUGUUUUUCAUCUUUUAUUACAUAUUUGUCCCCUCCACUUUACCAUCUUGAUAACAACCUUGAUAUCUAUAUGUAACAGAUUUCUUUCGCAAAGUCAUCAGUUUCUUUCAAAUAGAAGAACAUAUUCAAUCUCAAUAAUAUCUGUUCUUCAUUCUGUCUAAAAUUAAAUACUCCCACUAUGAUGCUUAAAAAGAUAUUCAAUCCAAAAGUAUACCAAAAAAUGGUACGUCCAUUCUCAGCAGCUGCUGAAUCUAUCCAAGGAUAUAAUUUUGAACUAUCUGAUACUCAAAGAGAAAUGCAGGAUCUAGCACGGAAAUUUGUCAAAGAAGAGAUUAUUCCAGUAGCUACAGAAUAUGAUAGAACUGGAAAAUAUCCAUGGGAUGUUCUCAAAAAGGCAUGGAGCAUUGGUCUUCUGAAUAAACAUGUUCCACAGCAUUGUGGUGGUUUGGAAAGUAAUACCUUCGAUGGCUGCUUAGUUACAGAAGAAUUUGCUUAUGGUUGUACAGGAAUAACAACUGCAAUAGAUGCUUCAAGUCUUGGACAAACUCCAGUCAUCAUAGCUGGAACCAAGGAACAACAAAAGAAAUAUCUUGGAAGACUAAUAGAGGAGCCACUUGUUGCGGCAUAUUGUGUUACUGAACCUGGUGCAGGAUCUGAUGUAGCAGGUAUCAAGACUAAAGCUGAGAAGAAAGGGAAAGAAUGGAUAAUUAACGGCACAAAAAUGUGGAUUACAAAUGGUGGUGUUGCUAAUUGGUAUUUUGUUUUGGCGAGAACAAAUCCUGAUCCAAAAGCUCCAGCUUCUAAGGCUUUUACAGGCUUCAUCGUAGAACGUGAUAGUGAUGGUUUAACUCCAGGUCGUAAGGAAUUGAAUAUGGGGCAAAGAGCAAGUGACACACGAAUGGUAACAUUCGAAGAUGUUCGUGUUCCUGAAGAAAAUGUAUUAUUGGGAGAAGGUCAAGGUUUCAAGAUAGCUAUGAAGACUUUUGACAAAACCCGAUCACCGGUUGCAGCAGCGGCUGUUGGUUUAGCUCAGAGAGCUCUGGAUGAAGCAACGAAAUAUGCAAUGGAACGUAAGACAUUUGAUAAACCGAUAGCAGAACAUCAAGCUAUCGCUUUUAUAUUGGCUGAUAUGGCUAUUGGUGUUGAAACUUCCAGAAUGUCAUGGAUGAAGGCAGCUUGGGCUGCCGAUAAAGAAUUACCAAAUGCUACAAUGCUCGCGAGUAUUUCAAAAUGUUAUGCUGCUGAUAUAGCUAAUAAAUGUGCUACAGACGCUGUACAGGUUUAUGGUGGUGCAGGUUUCAAUACUGAAUAUCCAGUAGAAAAACUUAUGCGUGAUGCCAAAAUUUUUCAAAUAUACGAAGGUACUGCACAGAUUCAAAGGUUGAUUAUAUCACGUGCUCUGUUCCGUGAAGCCAAACAAAGAAACAAUUGAGAUUAAUCAUAUCGUCAUCUAAUAAUCAUAUUGUCACAAUCAAAAUAUAAAAUUUAUUCAGAUAUUUUUAUAAGUUUUACAAUGAUAAAGUUUUAAGAUAUAUUUUAUAUAUGAUAUUGAGAUGCGAGUGUUGAACAAUUUUUAUAUUCUUGUAGAUAUAUAUAUCUCAUAAACACAAUUGUAUUUGUCUUUAGAUAAGCUAUAUAAAUUUUUUAUAUGGAUAUUUGUGAAGAUGAUGUAUAUGAAGAUAUGGUUUGAUUCAAGUCGCUUUUAUUCAAGGAAAUAUUGCAAGUAUAAAAACGAAAAGACUGUAAUGACAGAAGGAUGGGCUUUCAUAAUACCCUUCAUAAAAGAGUGCUAGAAAAUAUAUAUAUAUAAACUUUUGAUUUAUCUUUGAUACUUUAAGCAAUUUGAUGUUUAUUUCUUCUACAGCGAACAUUUUACUGGUCCAUAUUCUACCAAUUUUUUUUACAUUUCAAUUUCUCUAUUAGAUAUUUUUUGAUAACUCCUUACAUUAAGAAAGAGAGAGAGAGAGAUUGUAUUUCAGUAAAACCUUCUUAAAAAUAAAUAAAUAUCUGUUA